CUUCCUCUCGGACCUAGCGGGCGGCGCAUUGUUUGGGGAGCCCGUCUCUGGGGACCGAACUCUGCAGAUGAGCUGCGGCCGCCGUGCGGGCCGGUGGGGCGGUGGAGACGGAGGGCGGCUCCAGAGUGAGCAGUGUAGACGGAGGAGUGGAGACUGAGGGGGCUCCAGCGUUGUGGAGUGUAGACCGAGAAGUGGAGUGUAGAUAGAGAGGGGGCUCCAGAGUUGUGUGUAGACAGAGCAAGCCUCAGAGUUGUGGACUGUAGACAGAGAAGUGGAGUGUAGACCGAGAGGGGGCUCCAGAGUUGUGGAGUGUAGACAGAGACGGCCCAGAGUUGUGGAUUAUAGAAAGGGAGCUGGCCCCAGAGUGGACCACCUGGCCUCUCAACUGCCUGGUCACUUGCUGGCAAUGUGCCCUUGGCAGGUGACCACAUCCUCUGUGCCUAGUUUCCUCACCGCACUGCAAGGGUUGUGAGUGGCUUUGUCCGAAGCCCUCCGCGCAGUCCGUGAGGGUUAUUGUCAUGGCUGCACUGCACUGUGCUGUCAAGGGCCCUUCUGAGACCUGCAGGGGACGAGACUGGGCGGCCUUCCCAGGCGAGGCAGUAGCCCCACCUAUGCACAGUGAGCAAUCUACUGGGUGGUCUGGGGAGAAGAGGGUGAGGAUGCCCUCGGGCAGGGAGGCCACCGUGGAGAAAGUCUUGCAAACCAAAGAGUUGAGACCUGAGCCUAGACUAGGCCAUGUGGGGAGGGCAAAAAUGAUUUUGAAUGAGAAGGAAUGUGUUUAAAAUUUACUUUAGCAAUGUAAUUAUCACAGUGUGAAGUUUCUUUCCCUGAAAACUUGGUAUAAAAAUACCCACCUUACCCAGUGGUUUUGGGGACUUGAGGUGACAGUUACCAGGUGCCCAGGCCUGACAUGGGACCUUGGUGCCAGGGAUGCUGUUCAGGUGGGGAAGGCCACAUUGGCUGAGGGCUGUGGUCCAGGCUACUGUGCUGGCCUGGGGCUGGGGUGCCGCCUGCAGGGACACAGCCUAUCUGAGUCUUUUUCUUUAAAAUGCUAGUCCAGCUUUGUCUUUGAAGUCUUUGGAGGCUGGAACCUGCCCUCAGGCAGGCUUGGAUUUCUCUCUUUCCCUCCUCACAGGAGGGAUGGCUGUGGCUGGGCAGAGCAGUGGGAGGACAGACAGGCAGGGUGGCCUAAGGGUGGUGUCAUGCAGGGUCCAGAGGUGAGGAGGGAGCACGCAGCCCCUGGCAGGAAGAGAAAGGGGACACUCUGCUUUACUGUUCUGAUUCAGUCGUCUUUUGACAUUUAGCUUUGUCUGAAACAGGCCAAGCAAACAGGUAGGCUGAAGGAAGAAAACUAAAACUAAGAAUGUAUUAGUUACGACUUAACAUGGUUAGGCCCACAAGCACACAAAACAUGGCAAAGCCCUGAGCAUUUUACAUCUUAUUUGAAUUUGGUGGAAUUCCUGUAAAGAUUCUGCUUUCUGAUUGUGCUUGUAUUAUGUUCCUGUUGCUGCUGUAACGAAGUGCCACAAAUGCAGUGGCUUAAACAGCAGAAGUGUGUUAUCUCACAGUCCUGGAGGCCAGAAGUCUUGACAUCAGUGUCAGUGGGUGAAACCAAGGUGUUGCCUGGCCACAUGUGCCCCAUUCGCUCCCCUUGGCCCCUCUGGAGGCUGCGUCAUGCCUUGGCUCAGGGCCCCACAGGACAGGGCCCUUUCCCUCCCUGCUUCCUUCAUCACAUCGCUGUCUUCCUCUCUGUCUUCAGAUGUCUGGGAUAACCUCAUCUCUGGAUCCUUAACUUAUUCACGUCUAGAGAGUCCCUGUUGCCAUCUAAGAUUACGUUCCCAGUGGGGGCUAGGACCUGGAUAUCUUUGGGGACCACUGUUCGGCCUACACAGUGCUUCUGACUUCACUUUUUAAUACUUUGGUUUUUCCCAUUCUGUGCUGAAGAGCAGCCAUCUGGAGCACUUUCCCCAGGCUGCUAGGUGGGGUCUGUCUGAGGGCUUCUGCCGCACCUGUGUCUGCAAGGACCUGUGGUUUCACUGCCCUGCCCUUGAGGAGAGGCUGCAGCUGUCCUGGGAACAGGCAUCUGGGAAGCGAAGACGUGCUGAGGGUGCGAGUGCAAGUGGGCAUUAUUUCAAGAAAAAAUAUGAUAGCAUCAAGCAUUCCCUGGAGCGUGGAUCAGCUGGAAUAAGGAAAUAUGCUCCUUGUCUGGGAAGCACGUCGGGAUGUAUAGAACGGGCGACCCGGGGAGGCGGCCACUGCCCCCGCGGGUGCGGAACGUGGAAGUUGCCCGGGGCAGGGCCGGCUACGGGUUCACGCUUUCUGGGCAGGCGCCCUGUGUGCUAAGCUGUGUUAUGAGAGGAAGCCCCGCGGAUUUUGUAGGCCUCCGUGCUGGAGACCAGAUCUUUGCUGUCAAUGAAAUUAACGUGAAAAAAGCUUCUCAUGAAGAUGUAGUGAAACUAAUCGGGAAGUGCUCUGGCGUCCUGCGCAUGGUGGUGGGUGAAGGCGUCGGCCACUUGGAGUCCUGUUCUAGUGAUGAAGAAGGCGGACUUUAUGAAGGAAAAGGCUGGUUGAAGCCCAAACUUGAUUCUAAAGCCUUAGGUAUAAAUAGAGCAGAGCGAGUCGUGGAGGAAAUGCAAUCUGGUGGAAUUUUCAAUAUGAUUUUUGAAAAUCCGAGCCUCUGUGCAAGCAGUUCAGAGCCCUUGAAAUUGAAACAAAGAUCCCUUUCAGAGUCGGCUGCUGCUCAAUUUGAUAUUGGACAUGAAAGUAUAAAUGAUCCAAAUCCCCAUGUGUUUUCCAAGGAGGAAGUAUCGAAAGUUAUUAAUGAUGAUUCAGUUUUCAGUAUUGGGCUAGAAAAUCAUGAUGAUUUUGGGUUAGAUGCAAGUAUUUUAAACGUUGUCAUGGUCGUGGGCUAUUUAGGUUCUAUCGAACUCCCUUCCAGGAGCUCCAGCCUGGAGUCUGACAGUUUGCAGGCCAUCCGCGGCUGCAUGCGGCGCCUGCGGGCGGAGCAGAAGAUCCACUCCCUGGUGACGAUGAAGAUUGUGCAUGACUGUGUGCAGCUGUGCACCGACAAGGCCAGGGUUGUGGCUGAGUACCCGGCUGAGAAGCUGGCCUUCAGUGCUGUGUGCCCUGACGACAGGCGCUUUUUUGGGCUGGUGACCAUGCAGACCAGCGACGAUGGGAGCCUGGCCCAGGAGGAGGAAGGUACCCUGCGGACUUCCUGCCAUGUAUUUAUGGUGGACCCAGACUUAUUCAAUCACAAGAUCCACCAAGGCAUUGCCCGGCGGUUUGGGUUUGAGUGCACGGCCGACCCUGACACCAGUGGCUGUUUAGAGUUCCCUGUGUCCUCUCUGCCUGUGCUCCAGUUCAUCUCCGUCCUGUACCGGGACAUGGGUGAGCUGAUUGAGGGCGUGCGGGCCCGUGCCUUUCUGGAUGGGGACGCUGAUGCCCACCAGAACAACAGCACCAGUAGCAAUAGUGACAGUGGCAUUGGGAACUUCAACCAGGAGGAGAAGAGCAACCGGGUCCUGGUGGUCGACCUGGGUGGGGGCUCUACCAGGCAUGGCCCAGGUGGCAGCACUGUGUGGGAGGGGGCGGGAGGGAGGGCCACGCAGUCCUGGGGGGCCCCCUGGAAUGGGGCCUUCUGCCACGACCCCGAUGGGAGCUCCCCACCUGAAGUCACUCCUCAGACUGACAGGUUCCGGGACUUAAACAAGCACUUAGGACCGGCCUCUCAUGUGGAGGUCCCCCUGGCUUCCUCGCGGAGUUCAGUCCCUCCUCCCAAGAGGGGCACUAUGGGUGCCAGCUGUGGUUUCAGCCAGCGGUGGCUCCCGGUCCACGUGCUUCAGGAGUGGCAGUGUGGUCAUGCCAGUGACCAGGAGUCUUACACGGAUUCCACCGAUGGGUGGUCCAGUGUCAACUGCGGCACUCUGCCCCCACCCAUGAGCAAGAUCCCAGCGGACCGAUACAGGGUCGAAGGUAGCUUUGCGCAGCCCCCACUGGGUGUCCAGAAAAGGGACUGGUCCAGGAAGGCUUUUGGAAUGCAAAACAUUUUUGGUCCCCAUCGAAAUGUUCGAAAGACUAAAGAAAACAAAAAGGGCUCAAAAUUUGGGCGUGGAAUUGGAUUCACUCAGACUUCUCAACGCACCUCUGCUCGGAGAUCGUUCGGAAGAUCCAAGAGGUUCAGCAUCACUCGCUCCCUUGAUGAUCUCGAGUCUGCAACUGUGUCUGAUGGUGAGUUGACCGGCGCUGACCUGAAGGACUGCGUGAGCAACAACAGCCUGAGCAGCAAUGCCAGCCUCCCCAGCGUGCAGAGCUGCCGGCGCCUGCGUGAGAGGAGGGUUGCCAGCUGGGCCGUGUCCUUCGAGCGUCUGCUACAGGACCCCCUUGGUGUUCACUACUUCUCUGAUUUUCUAAGGAAAGAAUUCAGUGAAGAAAACAUUUUAUUCUGGCAGGCCUGUGAAUAUUUUAAUCAUGUUCCUGCACACGACAAGAAAGAGCUUUCCUACAGGGCCCGGGAGAUUUUCAGUAAAUUUCUGUGCAGCAAAGCCACUACCCCCGUCAACAUCGACAGCCAGGCCCAGCUGGCAGACGACAUUCUCAACGCACCUCACCCGGACAUGUUCAAGGAGCAGCAGCUCCAGAUUUUCAACCUGAUGAAGUUUGACAGCUACACGCGCUUUCUGAAAUCCCAGCUAUACCAGGAGUGCAUCCUGGCGGAGGUGGAAGGCCGUGCCCUCCCGGACUCACAGCAGGCCCCCAGCAGCCCAGUGUCGAAGCACAGCCUUGGCUCGGAUCACUCCAGCAUGUCCACGCCAAAAAAGUUGAGUGGAAAGUCAAAAUCAGGACGAUCCCUGAAUGAAGAGCUGGCAGAGGAGGACAGUGAGAAGAAACGGAAAGGCGCGUUUUUCUCUUGGUCAAGGAGUAGGAGCACUGGGCGGUCCCAGAAGAAGAAGGAACACGGUGACCUUCCAAACGACUCCAUCCACGCCAACGGAGGCCCAUGCCGCCGAGAGUCCCAGGGCUCCGUGUCCUCUGCAGGGAGCCUGGACCUGUCGGAGGCCUGCAGGACCCUGGUGCCCGAGAGGGACAAGGCCGCCAAGCACUGCUGCAUCCUCCUCCCAGACGGGACGUCCUGCGUGGUGGCCGUCAAGUCGGGCUUCUCCAUCAAGGAGAUCCUGUCUGGACUCUGCGAGCGGCAUGGCAUCAACGGGGCCGCUGUGGACCUCUUCCUGGUGGGCGGGGACAAGCCUCUGGUGCUGCAUCAAGACAGUAGCAUCUUGGAGUCAAGAGACCUGCGCCUGGAAAAGCGCACUUUGUUUCGGCUGGACCUCGUUCCCAUUAACCGGUCGGUAGGACUCAAGGCCAAGCCCACCAAGCCUGUCACAGAGGUGCUGCGGCCCGUCGUGGCCAAGUACGGCCUGGACCUCGGCAGCCUGCUGGUGAGGCUGAGUGGAGAGAAGGAGCCCCUGGACCUUGGCGCCCCUAUUUCGAGUCUGGACGGACAGCGGGUAAUCUUGGAGGAGAAGGACCCUUCCAGAGGAAAAGACAGACAGAAAGGUGCACUGGCCAAACAGAACACAGCCAUCAAUCCCAGUUCCAGAAACCACUCGGCUACGGGAGAGGAAAGAACACUAGGCAAGUCUAAUUCUAUUAAAAUAAAAGGAGAAAAUGGAAAAAAUGCUAGGGAUCCCCGGCUUUCAAAGAGAGAAGAAUCUAUUGCAAAGAUUGGGAAAAAAAAAUAUCAGAAAAUUAAUUUGGACGAAGCAGAGGAGUUUUUUGAGCUCAUUUCCAAAGCUCAGAGCAACAGAGCAGAUGACCAACGCGGGCUGCUGAGGAAGGAAGACCUGGUGUUGCCAGAGUUUCUUCGUCUGCCUCCUGGUUCCACGGAGCUCACCCUCUCCACCCCGGCCACAGCUCAGGCCAUUAGCAGGAGAACCGCGACAACCAGUGGCAGGGAGGACGCGUCCCCACCCCAGGAAAGAUGGGCGCCAGCCCAGGACAGCAGCGACAGCCCCUCAACCAGCCUGGGCUCGGCCCAUAGUCCCCCGGGCCCCUCUGGCACGAGCCCGCCUGGGCAGAAGUCUCCCAGCGGGCCCUUCUCCAUCCCCCAGUCCCCCGCCCCCCGCACACAGGAGGGCACAGCACAGAUGUGGAAGAGGCAGUCGUGGGAAGUAGAGUCCGGGGACAUCCAGACCGUGGAGGAUGGGCAGGGGGCUGACCUGACCCUGGUGGGGGAGGCCCACAUCAGCAGCCCCAACAGCACGCUCCUGCCGCCGCCCCCUGCCCCCCAGGACACGCCUGGACCUUCGCAACCAGGCGGCAGGGCCCGCGGCAGCCGAGGCCUUCCAGUCAACACCAUCAUCGACGUGGACCUUGUUGGCUUCGUCCCCGGGCUGGGUGGCAGUGUCCUGGGGGUGCAGGCAGGCCCAGGGAGGUUGAGGGCCAGUGGGUCCCUGACGCCAGACCUCCCUGGCCCAAGCUCCGGCCCGGGGGAGCCCGCCAAGCCCAAGGCCAGCGCCUACCAUGCAACCUUCGUCUGAAGCUCCCCAGCUUGGCCAGCUGUCGUGUGGACACGUAUGGGUGGCCGAGAAUGCCCUUGGAGGGGGUGUCUUGGCUGCCACACCCCCAGAAGCCAAACUAGGAUGGGGAUGACCAUGUUGGACAGACGGGCCUCGGACACUCUCAAGUUGGCCACAGGUCCCUAGACCCGGCGUGGGCUGUCCCCUCGGCACUCCGCCCAAUAAAGCAUUUCUGAGGACACA